UUUAAGCGAAGGUCAGGGACUUGGGACGGACAAGGAAGCCAGAAGCUUGGGCACAGGCGGAGAGGGGCGGGGAGCGCAGCAGGGCACCUGGAAGAAGCCAGAUACUCACCUCCUCAUGUUGCUGACACAGCCAGGAUGGCUUUGAACUCAGGGUCACCUCCAGGAAUUGGACCUUACUAUGAGAACCAUGGGUAUCAGUCUGAGCACAUAUAUCCCCCAAGGUCACCUGUGGCUCCCAAUGGCUACAACCUGUAUCCAGCUCAGUACUACCCAUCUCCAGUGCCUCAAUAUGCCCCGAGGGUUACAACACAGGCCUCAACACCUGUCAUCCGCACACAGCCCAAGUCCUUAGGGACACUCUGCACCUCAACCUCACAGAACAAGAAAUCCCUGUGUGUUGCCCUCGCCCUGGGCACUGUCCUUGUGGGUGCUGUUGUGGCUGCUGUCUUGCUUUGGAGGUUCUUGCCAGGGGACAGCAAGUGCUCUACCUCUGAGAUGGAGUGUGGGUCUUCGGGCACCUGCAUCAGCUCUUCUCUCUGGUGUGACGGGAUAUCACACUGCCCCAACGGGGAAGAUGAGAACCGGUGUGCUGUCCCCAACCACUUCCUCGAAGCCUCUGGUGACCAACACUGUCAUCUCAGCUCCAUUCGCCUCUAUGGACCAAGCUUCACCCUCCAGGUUUACUCAUCUCAGAGGAAAGCUUGGUAUCCUGUGUGCCAGGAUGACUGGAAUGAGAGCUACGACAGAGCAGCAUGUAAAGACAUGGGAUACAAGAACAAUUUUUAUUCUAGCCAAGGAAUACCAGACAGCACCGGAGCAACAAGCUUCAUGAAGCUGAACGUAAGCGCAGGCAACAUAGACCUCUAUAAAAAGCUCUAUCACAGACCCCUCAGCAACCCGAGGUACUGGACGGCAUUCACAGGGAUUUUGAAACAGACUCUCAUGUUCUAUGGAAGAAGACACCAGGUAGAAAAAGUGAUUUCCCAUCCAAAUUACGACUCUAAGACCAAGAAUAACGACAUUGCUCUCAUGAAGCUGCAGACGCCUCUGACUUUUAACGAUGAAGUGAAGCCAGUGUGUCUGCCAAACCCAGGCAUGAUGCUGGACCUAGCCCAGGAAUGCUGGAUUUCAGGGUGGGGGGCCACCUAUGAGAAAGGGAAGACCUCGGAUGUGCUGAAUGCUGCCAUGGUACCCUUGAUUGAGACCUCCAGAUGUAAUAGUAAAUACAUAUACAACAACCUUAUCACACCAGCCAUGAUCUGUGCCGGCUUCCUGCAGGGCACUGUGGACUCUUGCCAGGGAGACAGUGGAGGGCCGCUGGUUACUUUGAAGAAUGGCAUCUGGUGGCUGAUUGGGGACACAAGCUGGGGUUCCGGCUGUGCCAAGGCAUUCAGACCUGGAGUGUACGGGAACGUGACAGUAUUUACAGACUGGAUCUACCAGCAAAUGAGGGCGAACAGCUAAUCCACGUGGCCUUGGCUCUGACUUCUUUUGUCUUCAACACCCUUCUGCAAGAACACCAAGGGGCUGAUUUCUAACUCCUGUGCACAAUGUACCUUUUGAGAUGAUUCAAAGGGCUUUCACUUUAUUAAACAGUGACUUGUCUGACUGCGCUCCCUGGUCCUGCGAGGGCUUCAGUGCCCCACCCCAGGCCACUUCUGUGGCUCCCAUCCAGAAGGAAUGAUGAUCCUGCUGGGUUUGGGCACAUAGGGCCAAAUGCAGAGGAGGGUGGCACUGUCAUGCUCAGCCUCCUUUUUGGCUCAUGCUCAGGCCUCUUUUGGAUGAAUAAAGACUAUGACCUCUGAAUAGCCUAAUGGCCUAACAAAGAGUAGGGAAGCCAGGCAGGGCCUUGGGCCCUGGGACAGACAUCUUAAGAGAGCUACUAUAGCCUGUGGCCUGACUCUGUGUACAGUUUGGGUUGGUCAUAUUAUUAUGACUCCAUUAGCAACCAGGGUGAACAUGGCUGGGAGCAAAGGGUUCUCUCUCCUGCAUGUUGACAUAACAUCCACUUCUAAGGGUAACAGAGCUUUUGCCAGGCUGAGAGCCUAGGCAGAGCCCUCAGAGCAAGAAGCUAAUGUCAACAUGUUCCCCUUGCCCACUUGUCCCUUGGGUGACAUGGUGUCAUUCAGUCUGGUUCUUGGCUCCCCACAGUUUUCUCAGCCUCUCAGAGCCUGAGACUCACCUCAGUACCUGGUGCUGAGUACUGGUACCAGUACCAGUACUCAAUACCUAGUACCUGAUGGAUCCUGUAUAGUUCAGCUAGUCUCCUGAAGGAUGAGGUCCAUCAGAAUCAGGGACAUGUGAUUCCAGUAACAUUGCUUCUGGAUCAUGUUUCUUCUCUUACUACCUCACUGCUCCUGGAGCACUAGCCUGGAUGGAUGUCUAGUGUUCACCUGCAUUUGGACUGUGUGAUUGUGCCUCAGAUAUUAGACCUCUUCCAGGUGGUGAGGUUUUUCUGUAGAAGUUCUUAGUUUGGGACAAAGAUGAAAAAGAGGAAGUCAUUGUUCUAUGUUCUCUUCUAGCCCUGGCUUUAUACCAGGAAGACCAUGCCAGAAUUACCAAGUAUGAAGUAUGAGUGUCUUACCUAUGGUGAGGCUCUGCCUCCUUCCCUCUGCCUGGUUCUCCAGAAGGGAGUGGAUGGGUCAUAGCUGGAACUCCAUCUUUUCUGGGAAGGGACUCCCAUCCAGGGGAGGGUCAUGCACUCCAUGAUGCUUCCUCUGGGAGCAGCACCCAGGGACCUUCUCAGAUGCAAUGCCAGAAUAAAUGUGCAAGCACCUUGAAGUGUGAAAACAUGUCCCCGCCCCAGCUCUCCCUGUCUGUGCUCUUGGUUGGUUAUUUCCUGCUUUGUGUUUGUUCUGAGUUUCCACUGUGAAAUAUAUGAAUAAAGUUUA